AUGGCCUUCGCCCGCGGCCCGCGCGCCCCGCCGCUGCUCGGCUGCCUCCCGCGGCCGCGUCGCGGGCACUGCGCUCGGGCCAUGGCGCCGCCGCCCCGCUUCGCGCUGGAGCUGCCCGACUGCCAGCUGGCCCACUUCGCCCUGGGCGACGCCCCCGACGCCCGCGACGCCCCCGGGCGCGCCGCCGCGCUCCUGGGCGCCCCCGGCCGCAGCUUCUCGCUGUGCGUCCCGCGGCGCUCGGCGGGGUGCGCGGCGCGGGUGCGGGCGGCGCGGCUGCACCAGCGCCUGCUGCGCCAGCUGCGCCAGGGGCCCCUCGGGCAGUGCCAGCUGCGCCAGCUGCUGGGCUACUGGCCGGACGCCGGGCCCGCGGGCCUGCAGCGCGGGGUCCUGCUCCACGACCCCCGGGACCGCCCCGACACCCGCAGCGCCCUGCUCGCCCUGCUGGACGCCUGCCCGGACGCCCAGCGUCCCCGCCUGGGCGAGUUCGUGGGCGACCCGAGCUGCCAGGUGUGGCUGCACCUGUGGGAGCGGCGGGACCAACAGGGGUGGCAGCUGGCAGGCCGCCAGCGCGUCGUGACGGUUCCCGAGCCCGCGCUGCACCCGGUGGUGCCCGAUCUGCCAGGCUCCGGGGUCUUCCCCCACCGCGAGGCCGCCCGCGCCGUUUUGGAGGCGUGCACACCCUUCAUCCCCGAGGCCCGCGCGGUGCUUGACCUGGUGGACCAGUGCCCGGAGCAGGUGCAGAAGGGGAAGUUCCCAGUCAUCGUCAUUGAAGGCCUGGACGCCACAGGUAAAACCACCGUGACCCAGGCGGUGGCCGAGUCGCUCCAGGCUGUCCUCUUGAGGUCUCCACCCGCUUGCAUCGGCCACUGGAGACAAAUCUUUGACGAGGAACCAACAAUCAUUAGAAGAGCUUUUUACUCCUUGGGCAAUUACAUCGUGGCUACCGAGAUAGCCAGGGCGUCCGCAGCGUCGCCUGUGAUUGUGGACAGGUACUGGCACAGCACGGCCACUUACGCCAUCGCCACGGAGGUGACUGGGGGUGUCCAGCACCUGCCCCCCGCCCAUCACCCCAUAUACCAGUGGCCGCGGGACCUGCUAGAGCCCGACCUGGUGCUGCUGCUCACGGUCAGCCCCGAGGAGAGGGUGCGGCGGCUCGCGGGCCGGGGCCUGGAGAGGACCAGGGAGGAGGCCGAGCUGGAGAGCAACAGUGUGUUCCGCCAGAAGGUGGAGACGACCUACCAGCGCAUGGAGAACCCAGCCUGCCACCUGGUGGACGCCAGCCCCGCCCGCGAGGAGGUGCUCCAGGCAGUGCUCGGCCUCAUCCGCGGCCACUGUGACCUGCAGCUGCUCCAGGGCCAGUAGCUUGUUCCUGAGGGACCCAUGCAGCAGACACGUGUCACCGUGCAGCAUACUUGUCACCUCAUCCUCUGCGAGCCCAAGACAUCUGUGUCUAGAAAGCCUGACAUGUGCAGAAGCCACCAAAAGUGCUUCCAAGUCAACUGGAGAUGCCGUAGUCCCUCCCCGCCCUUGCCUGGCACCCCACAGACCUGGAUACCUAGAGGGGGCUUCGUCCUCGCCUGGCUGCACCCCACCAUCAUGACCGCACCCCACAUCCUAUCCCAGGACACUCCCACACUGGGGCCGCUUCCCCAAGAGGCAUCUGGCCUGGGCCUGAGGCCUGCGGUCCCCAGGGUGGUCCUCUGCGGUCAGCUAGAGGGACAGCCGGCCCGAGGUGUUCCAGACACGGAUGUCCCCACCUCCCCUGGACUGAGUCCUGACCAGUCAGGCUCCCCUCUUUCCCUCUGCACGCCUGGCUGGGGCUGGAGGGAGCAGCUGGCAUGGAGCUCGAUGGGUCCCUCUGCCCGGGCAGCCAUGUGUUCACACUGAUGUCCGGGGCACCGUCCCUCGGCGCAGAGCCCUGCGUCAGCAACGGGAGGGGAGCCGGGACACUGAACACGAGGCUGGCUGUGUGUUUCCAUGCCUCGGAUUUCAUUCCUCUUGCUGGAUAAGCUCAGUGGAUCCUGGAAUAGAUUUCUUAGUAAAUAAUCUUGCACUUGAAUGUCCAACGAUCAUAAACGAUACCUACUUUGAGAUCUGUCUGACUGGAGGAAAUAGAAACUUAAUAGCUCUGUGGCCUUGGGUGAGUCACUGAACUCAGCAGUCCCUGCCAUCUGCCCCAGCCGGUGAGCUAAUCCUUUGUCUUAAGGUGUUGGCCGCACCAAGUGAUCACCUAGAAUCCUUUCCGGUUCAAGACCUAUAUGCAAAUGAUUGUUUUCUUGUCUGCCAUUUCUUACAACAGCAGGCCCCUCCCAGUAAUUAGAUUUAAGGUCUUCUCGGGUUUGUUUCACGGGAUCGUAAGUUAGGAUGUGUGGGUUCCUAUGAGCUGGCUACUAGUUGGCCACUCAGGGCAGCGGUGGCCUAUUUGCCACCUGCAGAGCCCAGCAGAGCAUCCUUGACCACCUCUGGAGUUAGCCCGAACCACCAGGCAGGCUGGGGAUGCCCAGGCCGCUGCCGACCUGCUUACGUGACUCCAUGGUGGCCUCGGGAUACCUCUGCAGUGAUAACAUCACACUCUGCUGACGCAAGUGGCUCUUGACAUGUGGUCACGAUGUCCCCUUCCCUGCCCCUUAUAAAACUUUGUCCCCCAUUCCUGCCCUACCCUCCAGACCUUAUUCCUCAUACCUCUGCUGCACGAUCAGCUUGCCCCAGCCCGUGUGCUUCCAAUAAACGGCACAAGGACGUCUGCUCCAGCAGCAGAGUCUGGCCUUGAAGCCUGCUCCAUGCCUGCUGCGUCCCUCAUU